AUGUCGCGCUUCCCCCUUCCUCCCUUUGCAGGCAACCAAGCCUUCCCCGCGCAUUGGCUUCCAGACCAAUCAUCGGGCUCCUCUACAGAUGGCCCUUACCAGCCCUACAACCACUUUGCCAUGCCGCCACAACCGCUGUAUGGGACAAAUGGAACGGAUUUUGGCUCUUCUGUUCAAAUACCGGGCCUGACCCCCUUCGCCAACGGAAUGCUGCCAGCGCAUCAGACUUUUCCAAUGCCAAAUAUGAACACGGCAUCGUAUUAUCCCCAACCUGCAAAUACGCAGUCCUCCGGCCCUUCUAUGGGGUUUCCAGCAUUCCUAUCGCCAGCAGAUGACUCACAGGGCAACGCCCCUCAUCAUCCAAAUAAUCUUGAGCAGGUCAUAGAGGAGGAACAACCCACGGGCUCGGACCAAGUCGCGGAGCAAGAUAGUAUGGAUAUAGAUGGACGCGAAGAAGGAGAGCUGAGCAACGGAGAGACGGAAACCGUUAUUCCGGACCCUCAAAUCAAGUCCCAGAAUGUACGGAAAUCGCCCCCGGCCGACAAACAUUUCACAAACGGCCAAAUGAAGGCAUCUCUCACCAGACUUGACACAGUGCCUCCUGCGGUUCUACAAACAUCAGCUGAAGCUUGCCAACAAAAUUCUCCUCAUCAAGAUAGUGGUCCAGCUCACUGCCAUUCCUUAACACAAAACCUGAAGGAUCCAAUCACUCCAAGCGACCUUGACUUUGCCCGCAGAUCUGAGUCAUUCAUGAAUGGGAGGUCAUUAACGCAGCUGCGUAUGCAAGCGCAAGGUGCCCUCCUAAAUCUAGCCCCUCACAACAUACGGUACAAGCAAUUGGUUAGCGAAGGAAUAGAUCCGACAAUCUUAAAGAGCCUCUAUGACAGUAUUGGCUUAAAAGUUGCAGCUGAAGAAACCUCUGACAACCAGGCGACAAACGCGAACCAGUCAACGGUACAAAUCUCAGAAAAUGAAAAGAACCCAACCCCACUCUCCAAAAUGGCGCAGAAUCAAAUAAUGAGCACAACCAUGUCAUCGUCAGAAAGGCCUAUAACUUCCGCUGCACCAAUAGUCAGUUGUAACGCAACGGCUAGCAAACCAUUGGAACGCAAAGAUUUGAUCGCUCGCAUGCUAGCAGCUAAAGCCGGGAAGCCCAUUGCCGCCCAGCAGCCGGAAACUCAGCCUACAUUGGAGCCCAAAGCCGUAGUCGCUUCAAAGGGAAGUAUUGCCCCUCCCGAACUCGCUGUUGCCCUCUCAGGGCCACCAUCGCAAUCCGCAGACGAAAUUCGAACCAAAGAAAAGAACAAGGCCCAAACCGAGCUGGCACGACAGCGGAUAGAGCAAUUGAGGAAAAUGGGACUUGCCAAAUUUCAAUCUCAGUCAACUACCGACUCGGUCUCUGGGUCACCGUUACCAACAACUUCAUCAUCUAUCAAUAUAACACCGACAGUUGCAAGCCCCCAGGAUCAGCGGGCCUUACAAACAUUACCGAUGAAGCAUCCCUUGCCCGAACGACCGCCGGAUCCCGAAUUGACUGCUCAAACCCGAAUCCCGGGCUUAUUCAUGACUGGGACCGAAACAAUAACGUCUGGAACAGCUGCCGCCCCAAACAGUCAUCAAACUGCUAUUCUCGAAGCGUCUUCGUCUGCCGUUCGUCCCCAUCGCAAACGACCUCGUGCCUCUGAUUUUACUGAUGACGUUCUCGAAGAACCGCCACAAAAGCAGUCUGAUCAGAAUGCGAGGAGCUCGAGUUCGCUCCACAGAGUAGUCAUCGAUAUCAGCGAAGAUGAGUCUAUGUAUGGGGUAGAUACGGAUGAAUUCACGCGGAGUGAGCAUACUGCUGGGAAGGCUCCUUUAUAUUCAGCACCACCCAAACGAUUAGCAAUUCGUGAUGCCCCGCCACUUUCGGAUGUCCCUUCUCGGCCCGUCCAAUCGUACCGGUCGGUGUCUUCGACUUCCUUGCCACAAACAUUGGGCAAAGGUAGGGAUGAAGAAAAUAUACGGUCCGAAAUAACGAUGAUGCGACAAAAAAUAGCAGAAUUGGAACGGCGGCGCGACGCAAAACGCGCGGCCCAAGUUCAAUCUUCUACAACUCCGGCUCAGUCUGCUCUGUCUUCGAUAGAGGCGAGUCCCAAUCUCCCGCGAGACACCAAGGCCUCAAAUUUCAGCCAGGCACACACCACACAGGAGGUCCACUCUCCGAUCAGUACUCCAAGUCGUACUGAUUUCCAUUCGACGGUCGCCACUGUCCCAUCCGCUUCUCCACUUAUUACGCACUUAAAGAGCCCAUUAACUCGAUCAUGGUCCUCUUUAGAACCCAAGAAAGCUGAGGAGCUUCGACAAAAAUUUCUCCGAAAAAAGGAAAUUGAGUCCGGCUUACCAGCACUUGAUGCUGAAUUGUCAAAGUCAGAAGCUAGGCUAGCGCAAUUCCGCGAGGAAGAAAAGAGGCUACUUGCUGAAAUCGCUAAAGGAAAGGAAGGCAAGCGCCGCUUAGUUGAAGAGCUAGAAGAAUUAGGCGUCGAGACUGAUGGACUAACCCUUGAAGAACUGCAACACACAAAGGAUCGCCUGGAAGCUGCGUCUGAGAUGCGUGAACAAACUCCAGAUCGAACCCAAGACGAAUCAUUCGUGUCCGAGAUUGUCGAGGUUCCCCCGAGCGCCGAAACUAAUCCGCAGAUCUUGAACCUCUCAGCCGAGGCCCAGGCACUUCCAACUCCCUCCGUUGAAGAAAGGCGCGUUUCUGACGUGUCUUCUGCCUCGCAUACUUCUCAAGAAGUAAUUGAUGCUGCUCCACAAACGCCGAGUGCUCAAACUGUGACAGCCCCUGAACGGGAGGAUAGUAUUAUGUCUUCCUGUUCUAGUUCUGCCAUGGAUGAAUCAAUGGGAAGCAGCGUAGGUGAUGAGGAAAUGAUCGAUGAAGAUCAAGCGUCGUCUGCGCCGUCAAGAUCCGAAGCUAGCAGUUCCUCUCGCUCAGUUCAAGAAAUCCCCAUCCCAUCGCGAAUUGAACGGACCGAAUUAGACAUCGCUUCUUCUCGGGAAAAUUCCGUGAUAUCUGAUGCGUACGAACCACCUGAACCUGAGAAGGCGGUUCAAUCUGAUCCCCCUGCGACACCUCCCUUCAGCCCAGCGCCAGUUGGGCCUGUCACCGACGACAGCUUGCAUGCUGCGCAGCUCGAACAGAAUGUCCAAACGCUAACUCUAGCCGAGCAAAAAUAUCAAGAUACAGAUUCUGAAGAGAGUAUAAAGGUAUUUUGUUCAUAUAUUUGA